UGCACGAACACGCGUUGUCGGCGGCUGGCCAGACGCCUGGCACAUUUCUGGGCAUCUACAUGAGGUCAGACCAGUCCUGCGCCACAGUGGCCGGAUAUAUCCGUACCAUCUUCGCUCCGACCGGCAUUAUCGUCUUGGGACAUCUGUCUUACGGCGAUAACUUGAGGCCCGAUUGCGCCAUCAUGCCGCCCAUCAACUACGUGGACCCGGGCGUUCUGAAUCCCGGAAUCGGAUACGGUCACAGCAUUCAUGACGCCAUGCACGCUGUGGCCUGCCUCUGGAACCAAGGCGUCCAGACCAGCCUUUCCGUGUCCGUCACGAUGCAAGCUCGCCGAUACAAGCUGAGAACAUUGGUACAGGGCCAGACGCUGUUCUACACAGACUGCGGAUCUGGCACAUACGAACAACGUAUCACAUCUCAAGAGAUUUGCGACGACCCGAAGUCGGGGUACAGUCGGAACAUCUAUUACGCCGCUCAGUACGCGUCGCUGAUCACUUAUGACAAUGCGGACGGUUUCGCCGUCACGUUUGAGAACGCUAUGUCGUUGCGUACGAAGCUCUGCGAUGCCUGGAAUCCCGGAGCGAUCGCUACACCAGUGGGCCUGGCCGUGUACGACGUCAAUUACGACCGAAGGUCUAGCAGGUGCGACCGUCGGUGGAUCAACGGAACGUGGUUCCGGUUCCGUUUCCUGAUGAGGCUUCGCGACUUCCUGGGUCAGGCUCAACCCUCGAGCGACUUCUUGCCGGAUUGCCAAUCUGGUCACGUGAUCUGCGUAGGGUCCCAAAGGGGAAUAAACUAAUGGACAG